GACACGGACAUUUUUCCGAUCGUUACUGAUCGUAGUAACCAACAAACACCAACCACACAAAACAACGUUACCAGGACCGGCCGUAACCAUGGAAGCCAUAGUUACCAGAAAAUAACAAUCUGAGAGGGGUGUAGGUCAAGUGCAGACCCCCUAUUCAGCCAUACCCGCUUGGGACGUUGCUGAGAUUAGACGCACUUACUAAUUUCUCUCUCUCUCUCUCUAUUUUCAGAUAGCCGGAGAAAUGGGUGCGAAAAUGUCUCGCCGUAAAGGGCGGAAGGCCGCGGAAGAGGCCACUACGGCCGGGCAGUUAGCCACUCCGGAGAUACGAGUGGACGAAACGGACGUUGACCGGGUUGCGGGUGGCGGACGGGUUGACGGGGGGAUUGAUUCGGCGGGGGGAGCUUCGGAACCGGAUCCGCUGGUUUCGGAAACAAAAUUUAUUGAUUCUUGUUUUGGCCACUCCAUUGAACCGGCGGAUCCGGGUCCGGAAGCCCCGGUGGUAAUUGAAAUUUUACUAAAUAACCCUUUGGAAAAUUCUGCGGCGGUUUCGAUUCCGGAACCGUCCGUAGGUCAAAAUUCUUUGUUGACUGAUUUGUCUUUUUCAGGGGUAUGCCAGGGCCAAAUUGUUGAGGUUGUUCCGAUACCGGAUCCGCCGGUUUCGGACAGAAAAUUUAUUGAUUCUUGUUUUGACCACUCCGUUGAACCGGCGGAUCCGGUUGCGGAAUCUCCGACGGUAAUUGAAAUUUCCAUAAAUAACGAUUCGGCCAAUGCUACGGUGGUUCCGAUUCCGGAACCGCCUGUAGAUCCAAAUUUUUCAAUGACUCUUUCAGGGGUGUGCCAGGGCAAAAUUGAUGAGAUUACCGUUGUUCCGAUACCAGAUCCACCAGUCACGGAGCAAAAUUCGAUUGACUAUCCUUUGGUUGAAUCCAAAAAACCGGUGGAUCUGGUUGAGGAAUCUCCGGUAAUCGAUUCAGUUGCAUUUUCGGUACCUAAUGCGGCGGCUUCCACUUUGGAACCGCGCGCAGAACGUUAUGUCCGUAAAAUUGAUUUGUCCAUUUCAGACUCUUCGGAGGGAGUUCCGGAACCUCGAAAUUUAAAAACUUCGCAAAAUUCUAAAAAAUCCGCUCGAUUUUCAGAUUUGGCCCAAGUUAAAGAGUUCACAGUGUCGGAAUCUUCAAUUCCGACCCUGUACUCGGUUCCGGUGAAAGGUUGCCCGGAAACGGUGCCGGAACUGCCUCCACAAAAUUCAAAUGCAGUAAAAUAUUUUUGGUGUUACACCUGUCAAAAUUCUCGUACUAAUUCUUUGCCCUGGUUGCUGCGAUUGCGGUAUUCCAAAUUAUCGAUGUAUUUGCGCCAUUUGUUUUGUAGUUCGAUGUUUUGCGCUGUUAUUUGUUUGGUUGUUUUUGUUUGAAUUGUUUAAUGUUUUUUCUCGUUUCAUGAGCUGUUUCUAGUUUUGAGCGUUUCUUGGUUCCCGAUGAUGAGACGAUUGGAUUGGAGAUUUCAGAGUAGACUAAAUAUUAUUGAUGAUGAUGACGAUGAUGGCGAUGAUGAUGACUAUAUGACGAGCAAGACGAUGAUGCAGAUGAUGGAUGGACGAAGAUUUGAUUAUAUGAGAUGAAUUUUGGAUGGAUUAGCAAGAUGCCGAGUUACUGGACCGAACGACGAUACCGACGGAGAGGCUUUUUGAAGAUCUGGAAGACUGAAGAUUUUGUUUUAUAAUGAAAUGUAUUAUAUUUUUGUAAUGUAUUUUUGCAUUUUUUGUAAUAAAUUUUUUGAAAACAAAAUUGUGUUGCUUUAUUUAAUGAAUGUGAGAAAUUGAUAAAUUUCAAUUAAAUUUAUCUUUUAUUUAGUUAGGCU